CAAUGCUGGAAUAAUGAGUUCGCAAAGAAAAACAGGGGGAGGUCCUGCGACAAAACCACCACCUUUAACAACGGAGAAAAUCAUAAAUAUUUUGGGAGAUGAAACUUCAUUCUCAGGUAUUCAAGGAGGCUUCGAGUCUGGUGGUACAUUUGUAGAGAAAGAGAGUAAUUCAUUUCACUUGAGCACUUUGGUCGAAACCGACGAAGAAGAUGAGGGUGGUGAGGACAUGGAAUUAAGCAAGACUCCAAUACCAACAACAUCCACACUAUCACAAUGUGAGCAUUUAAUUAUGUUUAUAUCCAUUGUUGUAUUCAUAGCUUAUAAAGUGUAUUUGUGCAUUGUAUUGAACUUAAUUCACAGGCGAAGAAUCAAGAACAUUCAAAAGGAAACGACCAAAGACUCAAGGAGAGAUGAAAAAUGAUGUUCAGCAACUUCAUGUUGAGGUUCUUCAACUGGAAAAGAAAAAAUGUUGUUUGAGAAGCACAACCUAGAGUUGAAGAAAAGAAAACUCGAACUACAAGUACAGUUACUUGAGAGGAUAGUUGAAAUCAGUGAACAACCCCCUUCAUUUUUUCUUUUAAUAAACUAGUCAACUGAAAUAUGUUUGUGCCAUAUGCUCCCUUGCUGCUAUUCCAUCUGUUUCUCCUGCAUCCAGCAAAACAUCUUCAUUUUCUUCUUCCAGUGCAUCUUCUCCAAACUCAUCUUCUUCAACUUCAGGCUCUUGCCUUAGAAUGCAAAUGUUAUACAAUACUGCACAAGCCAUUAUAAUGGUGCAGACUCUAUCUGGUUUCAUCCUAAAUAGAGUAAACAUGCUUGCUAUGAUUUGAUGUUGUAUUAAGGCUCAUAAAGACUCACUGAUACCUUAUUUCUGAAUGCAAAACAUGAAACCUUCUUUUUCAAAUGCCAAUGGUUCUUUCAACCAAACACCUUGUUUUUUUAUGUGCCUUGUUAAAUUUUUUCUGGCAUGGAUGCACUGGAUGGAAGUAUGGAGUCAUCAAAAAUGACCGUAAGGCAUAUCCACUGUCCCCCAACAGCACAUCAUUAUUUGCUGCAUGAUCCAUUUCUUCCAACCUUCUACCAAUGGUAGAGGACCGGAAGAUGAAUGAAUAAUGACAUGAUCCUGGCCAUCGUGCUACCACAUUGAUAAAUUUGCCUGCAUAAAAUUAAUUUUUGGAAAUUUUUUUUUAAGUAGGUUGUAUUAAUACUUGUAGGAUAAAUUAAGUGGAUAACUUUGUAAAAUUCUAUUGUUAUGAUUAUGUAUUAUAUUAUGAUUAUUGAAGUGUA